AUGGAGAAGGUCAAGUCCAAGUUUGAGAAGAUCCAUGGUCUGCCAAAUUGCUGCGGCGUUGUGGACACAACACACAUCACAAUGUGCCUUUCAUCAGCUGAGCCAAACUGCAAGGUCUGGCUUGAUCAGGAGAAAAAUUACAGCAUGGUAUUGCAAGCUGUUGUUGAUCUGGAUACGAGGUUUACAGACAUCGUGACUGGGUGGCCUGGUAGCAUGAAAGAGUCGAGCAUUUUGCACAGCUCUGGCCUUUUCAAGCUCUGUGAGAAAGGUGAGCGGCUGAAUGGCAGCAAGCUGAAGGUAUCAGAUGGAUCAGAGAUCGGGGAAUACUUGAUUGGUGACUCGGGCUACCCUCUUCUUCCCUGGCUGCUCACACCUUACCAAGAGAAGGACCUCACAGAGUCCAGUGCUGAGUUCAACAGUAGGCACUCUGCAGCGAGAACAGUCGCUCCAAGGACAUUGGCCAAGUUUAAGGACACGUGGAAGUUCCUGCAGGGGGAGAUGUGGCGUCCGGACAAGCACAAGCUGCCCCGGAUAAUCCAUGUCUGCUGCUUGCUGCACAACAUAAUCAUAGACCUUCAGGAAACAGCCACGGACGAGGCACGGGCGUGGUCGAGCGACCAUGACGCUAAGUACAGGCAGCAGGUGUGCCAGCUAGCCGAUGAGAAUGGAGUUAGGCUGAGGGACAAACUGUCCCAGCACCUAAUCAGCAGGUAA